AUGAUAGAACCAGGGAUAGAUGAUGGAGACAAGAACAAAAUGGCUCGAGCAUUGUUGUUUCAGUCCAUACCAGAAGCCCUAAUUCUGCAAGUAGGUGAUCUUGACACAUCAAAACUUGUGUGGGAAGCAAUAAAAGCAAGGCAUGUGGGAGCUGACAGAGUUCGUGAGGCUAGGUUACAAACACUCAUGGACGAAUUUAGUCGAUUGAAGAUGAAAGACACAGAAACCAUUGAUGAUUUCUCCGGUAAACUCGCAGAGAUGUCUUCAAAGUCUUCAGCCUUAGGAGAGGACAUAGAGGAGCCUAAACUAGUCAAGAAGUUCCUUAAUAGUCUUCCGAGGAAGAAGUAUAUACAUAUCAUAGCUGCUCUUGAACAUGUUUUAAACCUAAACACCACCAGCUUUGAGGAUAUUGUGGGUAGACUAAAAGCCUAUGAGGAAAGGAUCGUAGAUGAUGAUCAACCUGAUGAUCAAGGAAAGCUCAUGUACGCCAAUGCAGAUUCCCAAUCACAAACAGAAACCUAUGGAAGAGGAAGAGGACGCAGUGGACGUUAUGGUAACAGAGGAAGAGGGCGUGGACGUUAUAACAAUCAGCAAGACUGGAAGCAAGGAAGAGAUACGUCUCGUGUGGUUUGUUUCAGGUGCGAUAAAACUGGCCACUAUGCCUAUCUCUGUCCAGACCGGUUACUUAAACUCCAAGAAACACAAGAGAAUGAAGCUGAGAGCACACACGAAGCUGAGGAGCUGAUGAUGAAUGAAGUCGUGUACUUAAAUGAGGAGAAUGUGACUCCAAGCAAGUUCGAAACACACACUGAUAAAGACAAUGUCUGGUACUUAGGCAAUGGCGCAAGCAAUCACAUGUCAGGUAAUCGAGAGUAUUUUGCGUCUAUUGAUGAGAAAAUCACAGGGAAAGAUGGAAAGAAGAAAAUCUUGGCCGAUGUCUACUUCAUGCUGGACUUGAAAAGCAAUAUUAUCAGUCUUAGACAAGCUAUAGAGUCUGGCUAUGAUGUACGAAUGAGAAAAGACUAUCUCACGCUACUUGAUCGUGACGGGAACCUACUGGUGAAAGCCAUCAGGUCCAUGAAUCGGCUGUAUAAAGUGACUAUGGAGGUUGACAAUACUAGGUGUCUUCAGGUCUCGAGAGACGAUGAUUCAGCUGUUUGGCAUGCGAGACUUGGGCAUGUAAACCGAGAAACCAUGUGA